AAAAGAACACAUACACUCUUGACCAAAGACCACCACCGUUGUUUCCUGUUCGGGUUCCUGUUGGCUACGUUCUUGUCCAUCUUUACGUCGAUAUAUAAAGCCUAUGGGCCAACUGUCGGCCUCAAUCUCAGCUGGGAAGCACCAUCCUUCCUCGCAGACACCCUCCCCCGUCAUACCGUCAAGGUCAAUGUCACAUUCGGCGUGGUAGCACUCCUAGACGAAGUUCUACCAUCUUGGAUGGCCGCGAUGACCAUCGAACCAACCUUCAUUGAAAUCGCCGAAGACCCUAGGGGUGCCGUACCGUUUGUCGAGCCGACAAUGUUCACGCCGACUUCAACAACGGUUAUAGAACACCAGACUAGUGACGAACCCUUGUCCAAGGUCAUGCAAGUGGUGCUGACGCUGGAGAUAGUAACGGCAUUGGUGCUUUCGACAUUCGCCGUCGCGGUGGUAGCUUGUGUGUUUGUGGUUAGGCGGGUGUCCAGACCAGCCAGUGGUCCCUUUUCCUCUACUGCUGCCUCCCGUCUCCCGCCUUUUUUGUCACUUGUCCAAGCUCUUGGGAUUACUUCUUCGACCCGCUCGUCCUCCUUUCCGUCGUGGGAAUGGCCAUCACUUGUGGUCUCUUUGUUCUGCAUAACCUUGACUCCGGCGUACCUCCAUCCGCCCUCGACUUACCUCUCCCAACCAUUUGAUGAUAUAUGUCAAUAUGUCGCAAUCAUGGCUAUCCUUGCGAUUGUUCCGACUGUAUCGUUCAUCCCAUGGAGGAAGGUGCCUCGAGGCGGGGUGGUAGAUAUGCCCACGGCGGAUUGUGUAGAGAACGACGCAGGUUCACUGCUAGUUUCAAAUCACGAGGUAAAGAGCAAUAUGGCAUCCCUCCCAUUUCGCAACCUCGCCGACUUUUCCCUGAAUAUUCCUCAGGCCCAGGACACAUCCGUGACUACCGAGUCGAUUUCGGAACAGGCCACCCUCAGCUUGUACGUCACGGUCCCGGCGCAGAACUCGAUAUCACGCGCCAUGAAUGGGGACAUCGCUGUAGGCCAUGAUACCCUCGGCUCUGUAGGCUUUUAUACUGGCUUAGCAUCGAGCCUCGAUAUAAGUGCGAAGUGAUCCCUCAACGCGUAGAGCACGUCGUUGCCUAGUCUGCUCCCCGUCCCUUUGAUGAAUCGGCCAGUAAGAAAUACCAAUGAAACAUGGAGAUGACGAGGAUGUGUACUACACAAACUACUACGUUGCCGCGAUGGGUUGUUAGGGACGACCAACUGGUCACUGGGGAGGCU